AUGUCUGUGACUCAGUUGUUCGCCAAGGAUGAUAAUCUGGAGCUGAAGAGGGCUAGAAUGGAUAUUCAACCUGCAAUAAGUUUUUUGAAUGAGGAUAAGAUUAGGACCAUACAGCCCCAUGAUGAUGCUUUGGUGGUCACGCUCAGGAUUGGUGGAUAUGAUGUGAAGAGGGUGAUGGUGGACCAAGGCAGUGGUGCUGAAAUUAUGUACCCUAACUUAUACAAAAGGCUGAAUUUAAGACCCGAGGACUUGACGGCCUACAAUUCUCCUUUGGUGAGUUUUGAUGGGAAGGUAGUCAUUUCGAGGGGUCAGAUAAGACUACCCGUGCAAGCUAGUUCAGAAGUGGUGGAAGUAAACUUCAUCGUGGUGGAUGCUUAUUCCCUCUACACGGCCAUUGUAGCCAGACCCUGGCUUCAUGCCCUGGAGGCCGCCUCUUCCACUCUGUACCAGAAGGUGAAAUAUCCAUUGAGGGAUCACAUUGAAGAAAUCGUGGGGAGUCAAUCCACAGCUAGGCAAUGCCUAGUGGCUGCCAUCUUACAUCAACUUGAAACUGAGUCCUCGACCUCUACUGGAGCGGGCUUGUAG